AUAUCCUUGAUAACAGCCGUGUUAUCAGCGAAGAUGGCAAGAAGGAGCUGCAGGAUCUGCUCCACUAUUACUAUCCCAUUGAAAUCGAUCCCAACCGGACCCUGGAAGAGAAACUUCCCCUCAUGGUGGAGUGGUGGACCAGGGCCCAUGAGCUGCUGUCGCAGCAGAAGAUCCGGAAGGGUGACAUAGCCCAGAUCGUCAGGGAAUCGGACGUGAUGCUGAGGGAUGGGUUCAAGGAGUUGUUCGAUCAGCUGCACAAGUUCAAUGUGCCCCUGUUCAUCUUCUCUGCCGGCAUCGGUGAUGUCCUCGAAGAGGUUAUCCGCCAGGCCAACGUCUUCUACUCGAACGUCAACGUGGUGUCCAACUACAUGGAUUUUGAUGAUAACGGAAUCCUCACACGUUUUAAGGAACCUCUCAUCCACACCUACAACAAGAACAACAGCGUCCUUCAGGGUACAGAGUAUUUCCAGCAGCUGAGCGCUAGGACGAGCGUCAUCUUGCUGGGGGACUCCAUGGGUGACCUGACGAUGGCAGAUGGCGUUCCCAGUGUGGAGAACAUCCUCAAGAUCGGCUUUCUCAACGACAAGGUGGGUGUGAG